GUGCAGCGGCCGUGAUCAGUUUUCCGCCUGUUGUCGACCUGUGAGCAUGCGCGUUUGACCAGCCCACACCCUCGGGGGAAACAUUAUUGCGUACGGAACUACCUUGUGUGCCCAGUGUGUUGUGCGAGUCGUCGGGAAAAGCUUGCGGUGCUGGAAGUUUGGUGAUUUUUAUUUUUUUGAGGAAAAAUUUUAAAUCGAGUUUUUUGCAAGGAAAAAAAUUGAAAAGUGACACAACCAAAAAGGCUACAAUGAGCUAACGGCGUCUGGCGUAGAUUCCCGGUGAAAAGUUCAGAAGAAAUUACGGAAAAGUGUACGAAAAAAACGUUCGCGAAUCACGUCCCGUCCGAACAAUCGGUGUGUUCUAUGCUAAUUGGGAUUUCUGCUAAAACAUAGCGCAUAAAAAAAAACAGAACAACUCACUGUUCUGCUAGUACAAGCCAUUACAACGAGUGCACGUUGAAGUUGAGCCGCAAUUAGUUCCCACCUCCCACUACCCUCUCCACCAGAGAAGAAACCAACAAUAGGGUGAAAAAAUAACAAUUUUCUACGGACCUGCAAGCUUCUUGAAGCAGAAGGAAAAACCAGUUGGCAACAUUCUGGAAGAGGAGGACACCGGCAACAGCAGCAGCAUCAGAACCAGAGUUGGAAAAUAGUACCGUUGACGGCUGCGAAAAUGAUCUGACCAACAGGGUUUUAUCUGUGACCUUCCCGGCCCCCUCCGUAACCAAAUCUAACCGACCACCAAGUCUUUCAUUUUUAAAAGCUCUAUUUUUAAAAUCUCCAAGACUUUAAGACUUUUCUUCCCCACCUUCGGACGGAGGAGUUUCUGUUGAAAAAGAAAACACAAGACAAAGCCAAUUGUUCUGCAAGCGCAGCUGGACAGCCGGGAAACAAAAGUGAGUGAAAGAGUUUGCAAUUUGCAAUUCCAACGAGGCGCAGUCCGGAACUGGCGGCGAUGACCAGCAGCAGAAUGCGGUUUUUAGCGCUUUUAGCGUUGCUCUGCGCACAGCAGGCGUUUGCCCAUCCGGACGCAGAAGGGCAGAAGCCGGAAGAGGACGGCGACCGGGAGCUGAAAACGAACGAAGAAGGCUACGACUUCUUUUCGAUCGAUCAGCUGUUCAUGAACAACCCGCAGUACGCGAAACUGCUGAGCGAUCUGCAGGCCCACUCGUUCGGCAGCAACUGGCGGCGGAAGCGAGACGCCGACGAGGACGUGGUGGACGUUCAGGAGCUGCGCGAGGAGCAGCCGAACCGGGAGGACGACAUUGAAGAGACGGCGCCGGAAGUGGCGGCGGAAUCGCGCGAGGAAACCGCCACGACUGCUGCGAUCGCCGAGAUCACCGAGGUGAUGCGCGAUACGAAGGAGCAAUCGCAGGAAACUCAGGAGUCGGAAGGUCGCACGACACCGCUCAAGACCGCCAGCCCGUCGUCCACGACGGCAGCCGUCGCGUCGUCCAGUUCGCUUCCGUCCAGCACCACCGCGUCCGCGUCGUUCGGCUUCUCCGGCUCGACGGAAGCGACCCGUGGCCGGCCCGAGGAACCCACCACCAGUGCGUCACCCAUCCGGAGCAGUACCCCGCGCCGGCUCCUCCACAAGGGGGGCAACAAAAACAAGAACAAGCAAGGCGGCGGCGGCAACAAGAACAAACAGGACAGCGUGACCGCCCAGAACGUCAACAAGUUCACCGUGACCAACACGCCGACCAUUAGCGCGGCGUCGACCCCGUCGCAAGUGACCGCGUCCGUCAGCCCAAACUCGCAGGCCACCAGCAGCAGCAGCAAUGUCAGCACCAGUUCCAACAUGGCGGACGCAGCCGCUGCCGUCGCAGCCAGUACGGCCGGUAACGCGACAGCCGCUGGUAACAAAGAUAAGGUCGGCCUGGCUCCCACCAAGUACCACUACUAUCCCCACAAUCAGCACAUCUACUUCCUGCCGGAGUGCGCGAUUCAGCAGGUCUGCAACGCUGUCUACGUCCGGCUCAACUACACCCAACCCCUGUGCGCCUGCCCUCCACGUUACCGCGACCCGUGUUCGGCCAGCCUGAACGAGGACGACAACCACACGAUCAAGCUGGUCGGCAACGCCCAGCGCAAGGCCAUCACGCUGGCCAAGACGUGCGAGAGCACGAACGAGCUGCGCGAGUGCCGCGCCCCCAAGGACUGGUCCAUCCUGGCGCUGCAGAACUCGCGAACCGGCAAGUCCCACUACCUGGUGAUCUGCAAGUGCCCGCCGCACUUCCGGCUUGAGGGUCCGCUCGCCCACGACCAGCCCACGUACGCCGGCCUGCCCGGCAUCAACGUGUACGGCAUGCUGUGCGUCCCGCAGGAGUCGUACGCGCCCAAGCCCGCCAAGACGCCCGCCCAGCACCCCCAGCAGCACAUCUACAACAAGUGGAAGGUCCGGCCGUCGACGGUUUCCUCGUACCGGUCGUUCCAGAACGUCACCACCGAGGCCGCCGCCGCCGACUACGAGUAGAGAUUGUCGUCCCACCACACCAGCAGAACAUAACCUAGAAAAAGAGAGAAACUCGUCCUACUGAUAGAGAGAGAGGGAAAGAAUCCGUAAGAAAAAAAAAAGAAACAAGAAUACUUUUAGAGCUGAGUUAGCUUCAUUCUCGACAGCCAAACCGAUUAGUCUUCGCGAGUAGUAUUUAUUUUUGUGUAUUUAGAUAAAUAUUUAUUUUUUAUUUAAUUAAACAAACGCCGGAACGAGGUUUGGCGUCGGCGCGAAACAAAAGGAAGGCUUCGUUCUUCACCCAAGAGAUGGCGCCCCAAACACAAUGGCCACACCUUUGUUUUAAUUCAAAAACCUUAAUUAGUCAUCCCCUUCGUCGGGGCUUCGCAGCCGGAUCCGAAGCGCAAGGCGAUGAUUAAUUAACAAAAAAAUACAUACAUAUAUUUUAAAUAGAGAAAAGAGAAUAAAAAAAAUUAACCUAGAGGAAAACAUUGUUACUAGACUAGUUUUAGCACGCACGCACGAAACAAACAAAAAAUCAAACGCAAAUGUGUGUGUGUGUGAUCGUGUUGCACCACAACAGUAAUAACAAACAUAAUUGCUCGCAUCUUCUUUCCAUUUCCACCGGUACACGUCGAAGACGCAGCAGGCGCUCGUAAUUUCCCACGCCCAUUGUUCUCAUCUGACAGUUCCUGCUUCCGAUCGCGGCGGCGCCAUCUCCGAUGGUGCGCGCCGAGAUAACGAAGAUGUCAAUGAAAGUGAAAAUCACACCACACGCCUACUCGGUUCCUGUGUGUAUCGCUAACACAACACGUUUAGGCUGCCUGUUUAAAGAGGUGGAGGUGGAAAGAAAACAGCGCGCGUAAAUAACAAUGAAGAAAAUGAGAGUCACUUACGCAAACUAGCAGAAACUCGCACUAACAAAUGGUUUGAAAGCAAGAGUUUUUUUAUUGAAUGCGCGCGCACUCACAGCAAAUUAUUACUUUAUUAUGGAAGGGCAAAAGAGUUUAGUUUCGUUUUAAACUAUUUCCACUUUAUUGUAAUGGAGGCCUCCUCCGGUGGGGUGAGGCCAAACCGCCCUCGAGAAAGGAGAUGAAAAUUGAGAUAUGAUUGUAAAACUGGGGAGAGAAAAUGAAGCAGUGAAAGCGCGCGCGCAGUUCAGAGUGCAGAGAGCUGUCAUUGGCUGCCGGCAGAGUGCAGCACCGGAGGUUUAAGGGGAUCGCAGCAGGCCAGAUAACGAACUGGCUUUUUGGAUGUUGCGUCAAACAUAACCUCCAAAAGGCUCCGAAAAAACGCGUGGAAUUGGAUAAUUGUACACUUCGAUUGCAUUUCGAUCGAUUUCUAAUAAAGAGGAGGGAAAAAUUCAAGUCAAGAGCAGCAAUUCACUGUUUCCAUCUCUUUCAGACAAAUUAAAUUUAUGGAAAAAUGCGCAACCUGUUCAAAACACACAACUCUAUUGUAAAUAUUUUUUUCUGUUGACUUUCUAAUAAUUGUGCUCGAGUAGCAUUUUAUCUCUUUUUUUCGACUCUCUCAAAAACUGCCUUCUUCAUAGCUCCCAUCUCCAAAUAUUCGUACUUUUAAAGCAACUUUUAAUUGAUAUGAACAAUAGCGAAGCGAUAUUAACAUAUUACACACUAAAGCGCGUAGCAAUUAUUAUCCUAUCGAAAGCAAGUAAAGAUUAGACGAUCGAUGAUUGUGACGGUCGAAGAGAGAAAAAAAAAACUAUUUAAACAAACACAAAAAAAGACAGCUACAAUCGUAACAAUUAAUUAAAACCGAUGCAUUAACAUAAUGAAGCCACGCAGAAGAGGAGAAAAUAAAAGGAAGAAAAAACACACAAAUGGAAAAUUACCAAAAAAACAACAACCA